AUGGAAAGCCAGCCUGAAGGAAUCCCCUCUACUCAACCUGGAGGGAUUCCGGCUACCCAAUCUGAAGGAAUCCCUUCUACUCAGUCUGAAGGAAUCCCACCGACCCAGCCAGUCCAAGAAGGUGAACAUAAUAGAAAGAUACACCGAUCCUCCACAGCAAGCACCUUACACCACAACAACUUUAAAGAUUCAUUCUUCUCGAGAUUCCAUUCUUUCUUCCAUCGAGACAGUCAUAUCGGUCAUGUCGGGCGUCACCCUUUGCGCGACAACGAAAACAUCGAAAUACACACCUGGAAUGGCCCAGACGACCCGGAUAAUCCGUUCAAUUGGAGCAAGACAUAUAAAUGGAUACUCACUCUGACUAUCUGUUUCAUUUCAAUCUUGACAGGCCUACCGGCUGGAUCCUACGGUGCUGGUAACGAUUACAUGGCAGAGCGCUUCCAUGUGCAAAAUGUGCCAUUUCCAAAUCUUGCAUGGGCCACUACCUCUUGGAAUAUGGGCGCUGCAUUCUGGCCCAUGAUCUUUGUUCCAAUGACCGAAUCAUCGGGACGUAUGCCUGGCUACUUUGUUGCAUAUUUCAUUCUAGUCAUCUCGCUGUUUCCCUCGGCCUUUGCGAAAAACUUUGCCACGCUAGUCGUUACUCGAUUCUUUGGUGGUGGCGCCUCAUCGGUGUCUAUCAAUAUCGUUGGUGGUAGUAUCAGUGAUGUCUGGUAUGGUGACAAAGCUCGGAGCUUGCCUAUGUCUCUGUUCGGAUUUACCAGUGUGGUUGGAAUCGCUUUGGGUCCAUUUAUCGGUUCAGCGAUUCUACAGAUCCAUCGAAGCAGCCCGUGGAGAUGGAUCUUCGUCAUUCAGAUCGUUUACAAUGCAGGAUUAAUUCCAAUCUUUUGGUUGAUUCUUCGCGAGACCCGUGCAGAUGUGAUCUUGAAGAAACGUGCUAAGAAGCUCCGCCUCGAGACCGGCCGCCCGAUCUACGCCGAGGCCGAUUUGGACACCACCAGCGUCUGGAAAUUAAUUCAGAUUUCUUUCGAGCGCCCUACACGAAUGCUGCUUACCGAGCCUGUCGUCAUUUUCUUUACUCUAUGGGUCAGCUUCGCCUGGGGAAUUCUGUUCCUCUUCUUCUCGAGUGUCGCCCAGACGUUUACGCAUAAUUACGGAUGGACUACCAUGCAGACCGGUCUAGUGCAACUAGCCAUCUCGGUCGGUGCCGUGAUUGGCACAGUUUUGAACCCUAUCCAGGAUUGGAUUUACCUCAGGUCUGCGCGCCGAAAUAAGGAGCGUCCGGGUAAAUCUAUCCCAGAGGCCCGGUUGUACACUUCUAUACCUGGUAGUCUGUUGUUUGCGGGUGGACUUUUCUGGUACGGCUGGGGUAGUGUUGGCGAUGGUUCCAUCACUUGGAUUGUACCGGCGUUGGGAAUUGGCUGUACUGGUGUGGGAAUUUACUCUAUCUAUAUGGCUGUGGUCAACUAUUUGACUGAUGCAUAUGAGAAAUAUGCUGCUUCGGCGUUGUCGGCUGCCUCAUUGGGACGCAAUACUUUCGGUGCCUUCUUGCCUCUUGCGUCUUACCAGCUUUUCCAGAACCUGGGCUAUGGCUGGGCUGGGUCAUUACUCGGCUUUAUCGGACUUGCUUUAUCGGUUGUUCCUGUUGUGCUAGUACUCAAGGGCCCAGAAAUCCGUCGGAGAAGUCCAUUCAUGCGUGAGGCCAUGUUUGACCCUGGUUCUGACACUGAGAAGGAUCGAGCAUCGGAAAAGACGGCGGUGUGA